AUGGCGGAUUCCUUGAUGUUGGAUACAACUACAUCCGAAAGCCCAGCGGUCACGGACGUCGACAACAAACGGCAUUCACCAUCCUCCUCCACCGUUCCGGUCCCAUCACAAGCGAUGUCCGAUGGCAUAUCUACAGUCUCUUCUUCGGGGACGAGCCAGCCUAGACGCGGUUUUUCUUUUCGUCCCCAGCCCUUACCCACUCUCACUCCUGUACAACUCAGUGGAAAGGCUCGAGUCGUAAAGCAGUCCUCUUACCAAACAAAUCGAGCCCUUGAUGAUCUCGACACUCAUACGGCAGAUAUCGGUCUACAUCGCAAGCAUGAAACACCCGAGCUGUUACUGGUAAACCGUACUGUACCGGAUGACUCCGUUUCCAUCAAUGAAUUCUCUAACCAGUUAAAACAUGUCAAUUUGCGUGCCAUGUCAGCUACACAUCUCGCCGGGAAGGUUCAUGGAGACUCCAGGCAACAUCAACAACCGGAGGACAGGAAACAAAGAUUACGAGGCACCGAUUGUUCCAGCUACAACCUUCGAGUGACAGGUAUUGCAACCAACGAUACAUGCCCCCCAGCUCUCCCUGAAGCCAUUCUUGAAGAAAAUGUCGAAGAUGCUACUGCCAAUCAGAAGCAGUUUGACGAACAGCGUCAUAUCUUUAUUUCCGACAGGCAGUCUGCAAUACACAAGGAGACGAAUUUGAUACUGGAGAAACUCUUGGCACUCAAGAAUGGCCAAAACUCUACUCCUAUAUAUGAGGACGAUGCAUAUCGCAAGGCCUUUGAGGAAUUCGAAAGCACCGAAAGUAAUGUGUCUCACCUCCACAAGGCUUCAAGAGUUGGAACUUCAGCUACCCCUCGGCGUCUCGUGGACGGGUCUAAAGACCACGAGGGAAGGGGGAGCCAAUCCAUGUCAGGCUGGGGCAGGUAUUCAGAUAAAGAUGUAGCUAUCGGUGCCAACAAGUCUAAUCAUGGCGCACCAGCAACCCUGUCCACAACCAGCGAUGAUCAGACCACUUUUACCGGUGACAAGGCAUCAAUAGGCAGCAUCCGACCACAUAUUGCUAAGAAGCAGGUCUCAGUUCCAGAUGAUAAAAUUGGUCGAGAAACUAUCGCCCCGCCUUUACAAUUCAAGAGAUGUAAAGCAGGUAGGGCUGGAUUCCAUUCCAAGUCCCUCAAGAGUUCAUGGCCCAAUUCCCCGCUGCCAAACUUUGCUAGUUCGAGCCCAUCAUCUCCUCGCGACCCUUGGCCCAGAUUCGGAAGACACGCCAGUGAUGCUCCUGCAGCACCCCCUCGCAUCCCAGGCAAACGCGAGCAUGAUGUUACCGCUAAGGGAAAGGAGAGAUAUCAUGGGCAUGGGAGAUCAGCAAACUCUGAGGGAUCACGUCCAAAUGCUUCCGACGCAGAUUCGGAUGAACCCCCACCACCACCUGAACAGUCCGCGAUGAAAGACUUCCCACCUGAAUUUGUGCGAUGGAUGUCAAACGUGAAUCGUAUACUGGAACGGCAAGUGCCCUCAGAGCCCCAGUUGUCUAGUAACUCUAGUCCGGUUAGGAAGGUAGAAAAGAAGCGAGCUGGACCCUUCAAGGACCCUAUCUCAUCCAAGAUACACUCGCCAAGGGAGAAAUGGAUUUUAGGAGAGGUUCGCCGUCUCUGCUGGGAAUACCUUGGCAUUGAAAACGGAUACGAUGUCGUGUUCAAUGGAAUCGGCGCGUCCCCAGAGGAAGUGGAAGAAUAUGAUUCUGGGGGGCCUACACCACUUGCCAACCCCAUGCGGCCUGACUGGGGUUCUCUAGGCUCCCGUUGGAACCUUGAUCUGGGAGAGGCUUUCUACGUUCAAUUUUGUAAGGACGCCGAGAACCCUGGAAAUUACGAGUUUUCAAAGAAUGACAUCCUUGUCGCUUUUGAAAACAAACUCAAGUACCUUCGUGGGUAUGUAAACAAGGCAGCUCCCUUAAGAAAUGAGACCUCAGCUCAAGCUCUGGAACGCUUCAAUGCCUCACUCAAGCACCGUCGUGAUAUCUCCAGACCAACGCAAUGUCGUCUUACGCUCAGAGAUAUUCGCUUGGAAAUCGCAGGCAACAAUAUGGACCUUGGUGGUGGAAGAGUCGAUGCGAGGUGGAAGUCUGUGUAUACGAUGCUCAACCUUCUCGGGAGAGAAGGGAUCAGCUCAGACAAAAGCGAUGGAGAGGGUGGACUGUGUAUGGUUAAGCGGAGGUCUUGGCAUAGCGACAAGUUAACACAACUCCUCGACAUCACCAACAAAUUGUACGACUGGAAGAAUGCCUACGGUAAUGCCCAUCCAGGAAAUAGGCCACAUGAAUGGAUGAGGCAUAGAAGGGCUACAGCGUCGAAAAGAGCACCCAUUCGAGGACUGCCUAUAAAUUUCUACGACCGCGAUUGGUACCAGCUCCUUACGGACGUCGAGAAGCGACUCUUGCGUCCUCAGCGUGAAAUGCGUCUUCCAGCGUUUGUGGACAAUUAG